CUGAAUUAAUUUUUUCUCCAGCCCAACUUUCAGAAAUAGCAAAGGCUGAGUAAUUGAGUAAUACGGACUAAGAAGACGGAGCCUUCAGGCCUUUUGCCGAACAAAGGCCGAUCGACGAACGCCAAUUCCCUGCUCUCAAGUGCCAGCUGCUAAAUUGCCACUCGCCGACUGCCCGGCCUCCGACGCUUGGACGCCUGCCGCCCUGCCCCUUAUCGUCUUUUCAGUCCAGCAGUCCUCGCUCCUCUGCCUUCUGGAGACGAGACCGUAUUCUGGUGCGGCCGUGCCAGUGGUGUGCUUCCGCCUUCCGGUCUACUACAUACUGCACUUCACCCAUUCAGCGAUUCGGCCCUUUCCCUUUUCACCUUCACGAUUCAGUCGAGGUCCUUCACUCACGUUGGAGUGUUGGACCGAUAUUGGCUGUAGUCCCAUACAGAUCUGAGUAAUGCGAGCUAAGCACAUCGGUGUGGAGUGGAGUUCUCAUCUUUCGUCUCGAACCUUCUGCAUUACAAAAAGUGUUUGCAACCAGUGCAGUGGUUCGUCCAUUGAACUAUGAACGGGUGCUUUCUCAGUUUCAGGUUUGGAAACAUCUGCACACUUUCCACCAUUUGUUUCACUGCUUGGAUCAACGUCAACGCGCAAAUGCUUCAGCGAUUCACUGUUUUGACUUUCACUCCCUGGACUCAAACCGCUCUCACCGGUUCUUGCUCUGACAAAGUAGAAAUUCUCAAACCGCAGUUUGGCUCUAUAUAUCACACUGCUAUUAAGUCAAGAAGAAAUGGGAUUUUCAUUUGUCUUGAUAGGACAACCCCUCAAGAUGGAAGGCCAAAGAUACUUGGAGUUCCCCAGAAUGUGGAUUUCCCCCCGAUUCAGCCAAGGAAUAAGAAGAAGCCAUAUCCCAUACCUCUGAAGAAAAUCAAGGAGGCUGCGAAGGCUGAUAAGAAACUUGCAGAGUUGGGAAUUGAGAAGCCACUUCAUCCGCCCAAAAAUGGGCUGCUCGUGGACAAUUUAGUUCCAGUUGCUCAUGAAGUUCUAGAAGCUUGGAAGAUUUUGAUCAAAGGAGUGGCUCAACUCCUUCAUGUAGUCCCUGUCCAUGCUUGUAGUGAAUGCUCAGGAGUUCACAUUGCUGAAAGAGGCCAUGAGAUUCAAGAUUGUCAGGGCUCAACCAGUUCCAAUCGGCGAGGCUUCCAUUCAUGGGUGAAAGGUUCCAUUAAUGACAUUCUUAUUCCUAUUGAAUCAUACCAUAUGUAUGAUCCUUAUGGAAAGCGCAUUAAGCACGACACUCGGUUUAACUUCGACAGAAUCCCAGCGAUCGUUGAGCUUUGCAUCCAAGCAGGUGUUAAUUUACCAGAUUACCCUUCACGCCGCAGGACUACUCCCAUCCGCAUGAUUGGUAGGAAAUUAAUUGACGUAGGCGGAUAUGUCGAUGAGCCUGGACUUCGUGAUAUGAGCUUGCCGGUUGUGGACUUUGACACUCAUCGAGCUUCCGAAAGGUUUGGGCCUCCCAGUGAAUCUGAUGCCCUGAUGAUUGCACAUGAGACCAUCGAAGCGUACGAGAAGGUCAAACGAGGGGUGAUGAAGUUGAUGAGGAAGUAUACUGUGAAAGCGUGCGGAUAUUGCUCCGAAGUCCAUGUCGGCCCUUGGGGUCACAAUGUGAAGCUAUGUGGUGCCUUCAAGCACCAAUGGAGGGAUGGGAAACACGGAUGGCAAGAUGCGAGAAUGGAUGAGGUUUUCCCGCCAAAUCACUUGUGGCACGUAAGGGAGCCGAAAGGACGUCCAAUGAGGAGCGCAUUGAGGAGGUUCUACGGGAAAGCACCCGCUGUGGUUGAGCUCUGCAUGCAGGCUGGUGCGGAAGUUCCUCAGCUGUACAAGCCGAUUAUGAGACUUGAUGUCGUCUUACCGGAUAGUGAGGAAGCAGAUCUAGUUGCCUGAAAUUCUCACGCUAAAAAGUACUACGUAUAUAAUACCUUGUGUAAUAUGUCAAGUAAAGAGGUUAUAUGCCUCUUUUUUUUUUUUUUUUACAUUUUGGCCUUUGAACUCGCCAGCAAUGGAUACACAAGUUGUCC